AUGAUAGUCUCUGCCUUAUGUAAACAUUCACCGCUAAGUUCAUCAAGUGCUGAGGAAAGAUAUACAUCCAAGACAUUUGGUUUUGCCGAUGCUGAGAAUGAUGAGAGUGAUGUCAAGUGUUGGGACUCGGAUAAGCAAAUUCAAAUACUCCAACAAGUGUUUAUUGGACCACAGGCACAACAUUGUGAUAAGGCAAUGGAAAUGAUUAAGGAGAUUGUACAGGAGAGCUUUCAGUGGAGAAGACAACAAGCUAGAAAGUUUGAUAAACCAUGUGAAAAAACGAGUCAACCUUCCUCAGUGAGUAAACAAGUGCAGAGGGAGAUUGAUGAAUUGAAUAACAAGAUGGAGAGUAAGGUUAGAUUUGUGAUUGAAAAGAUGAAGGAUGAAAUUCCUUCCUUCUCCACUAAUUUCCUCUCCCACAUGUUGAAUGAUAAUACCUUGCCUUCAAUUUAUGGAAAUAUAAUUUCAUUAAUGCAGAAUCCUAAUGUUUGUACUCAUCAACUCUCACGUGUUGCUAAACAUUUUGAGGAGGAAGGUAUUAUGGAUAUUUCUGAAAUGUUGGGUUUCAGAAAAGGUUCUUCCUAUGGACACUUUACAGCUGAUGGAACUUUGGCCAAUUUUGAAUCAGUAGUUAGAGCUAGAGCCAGAUGUUAUGAUUGGAUUGCAAUGGGAUGCAUGGCUAAAAAGUACAAUCUUCCACUCUCGGAAAAGGAGAAGAAAUUCUGCUCCACUCUAUUCAAUAUUGGCCAUAUGGGAUGGGAGCUCCAUGAUAAGAUUAGUGAAUUGUUUGAUGAAUUCGUUUCAGAGAAUGGCCAUUCCAAAUAUGAAUUAUUACAGCCAUACAUGUUGGAAUUUGAUUUGAUUCAAGCAGCUUUUAACAUUACACAACUAUUUGAAAAGAAGGAAUUCUUCCAAUCUCCAAUAAUGAUCGUUCCAAAUAAUAAGCACUACUCGUGGCCAAAGUCUCAUGUCUUUGGAGUUGAUUUCAAUCAAUUUUGGUAUGUGGAUAUUGAUGAGGAUGGAAGAAUGAAAACAGAACAUUUGAAAGAAUUAGUAUACAAGGCAAGACAAGUUGACCGACCAAUCUUUAUGAUUGUUUCAGUAUUUGGAUCUACAGAAUGUGGUAAUUUUGAUAAAUUGGAUGAAAUUACCGACCUGAUCCAAGAAUUGAGGAGAAAGGAAGCUAUUGAUUUGUACUUGCAUUGUGAUGGAGCUUAUGGUGGAUUUAUGUUGUCAACUCUGAGAGCAUGUCAAGAUGAUGAAGCCGCAUUAGAUUUUGAAUCCUACAUGAAUUAUGCAGAGUGCAUUCUAGGUAGAGAUUUAAUCAAGAGGCUUUUGGCUGUGAGACAUGCAAACAGUAUUACUAUUGAUCCACAUAAACUCGGUUAUGCCCCAUACGCAUGUGGUGCUUACAUCCAAAGAGAAGAACGAGAAUAUUUCUAUAGAAAAUGUGAUGCUCCAUACAUUUCAUUCCAAGGUAGGGAGAGAGGAACUGUCUCUCUUGAGGGAUCAAGAGCUGUAGGAGGAGUAUUAGGUACUUGGUUAUCCUCAAAAGUUAUUGGUUUCAAUUUCAAGGGGCUUGGUUCAAUCAUCCUGCAUUCCAUCAAGACCAAGCAAUAUUUUGUAGAAAAGCUCUUAAAGAUUCCACACAUUUACAUUUUAAAUGGUGACUGCAACAUUGUAUGCUUUGUAAUUGCCAAGAAGGGUGAACUGCUCUCACAAACCAACAUGAGAAUUACCAAAUUGUUCCAAUACUUUUCUCCAGAAAACUUUGAUGCUGAAUAUUAUGCCUCCACGACUUCAUUCAAAAGCUCUUCAAUGGUUGAACAAGCUGUGAAAAUGUGGAAUGGUGAAUUUGAGGGUGACUCUCAUCCAGAAGGAAAUUGUUUGAAAGUGUUGCGUAUGGUCUUUAUGAAUCCAUUCACAAACACGCCUGCUGCUGGAUAUGAACAUGUUAACAGAUUAAUUUCCUUGAUACAAAACAUGGUAAAUAAGGAGAUUCAAUAA